AUGCCUGCUUCUCCAACGGGGUUUGGAAACUUCUUCAUGGACAGGAACAUCAGCAUGCCCGCUGGAUAUCAAUUACUGGGCUGUCCGCCCGGAAUGCAACAGCCACCGCAACAUCUUGUGGGAAUGCCUGGGGUUCCCUUACCUUUCUCAGGAAUACCGGGGUACAGUUUCAUCCCUUAUCCUCAUCCCGGACACAUGGCACACAUUAGCAAUUCCUAUGACCUGAAGGCUGCAUCUCCGUAUCAAGCUCUCCUCGGACGUGGAGGACCCUAUUACUCUCCAUAUCGUCCCAUGCCAGCUGAUGACCCGAGUAGGGUCACCAAAGUGGCCACCAGAGAGAGCACCAGCGCUUUGAAGGCCUGGCUCAGCGAGCACCUUAAAAACCCAUAUCCCACCAAAGGUGAGAAGAUCAUGCUCGCCAUCGUCACCAAAAUGAGCCUCACGCAGGUGUCCACGUGGUUCGCCAACGCCCGGCGCCGCCUGAAGAAAGAGAACCGGGUCAGCUGGGCCUCCAAAGGAAAGUCCGACGAGGAGGACGAGGAAGAGGAGGGUGAGAGCGAAGAGGAGGGGUCUUUGAGGAAAGGCACGGAGGAUGAAGAUGAAAUCGAUCCUCAAACGGUUGAUGACGAUGAGGAGGAUGUCGCGGGGUCAAAGUCGGUCGAGGGCCGUUUAGCGGAAGGACUGGAUCAGCAAAAGGAAAGUGACAAGUCUGACACGUCGCGUGAGAGCAAAAACGAGGUGUGUAAACAAAACGUCGAUGUCCAGAAACCUAAAAUCUGGUCUCUCGCGGAAACCGCGACUUCAGAUAUCGUCAAGAAACCCAGCGAUCUGAAACAUCUCCACAGUCCAGACUUCGGGAGGUGGUGGGCUGGGUGGCCUUCACGGGAAUCCUACUCGCCUGUGAACCUCUCCACACAUGACCUGCUCAAACAAACUCAAUGAAUCCGUUAAUCCAAGACACUAUAGAUUCAAUUCUGGAUGCACUUUAAAAACAAUUGGGAACGUUUUGUUGUGGAAGUUUGCAUGGGCUACAAGAUUUCACCCAAAUGAUGCGCAGACCUAUUGUGUAAAUAUUGUACAGAUAUUUUGUUUAAAUUAUAAAUGCAUUUACUUGCUGACUUAUUUUUGGUAAAAUAAAACGUUGAAAAAUUAAAAAAGAAAAGUUGUGGUCAAUGGUUAUGGUUAAAGUCUUCGGUAGUGGUUUAGGGUUUGUUUAAAUCAUAUAACUCGUAUACGAGUUGCGUUGAAAUUGUUAUUAAAUAAUAAUAAUAAUAACGUGUUUAAUUGUUUUGCUUUUAGGUUUAGUUACAGCUUACACUUGAUUUCCAGCUGCAAUGCUGUAGUUUCUUAAAGUCAUAAUUAAAGACCCAUUAAUUAGAGCAAUAAGUUACGAAAAGUCUCAAAUUUCAGUUAAUUUAAAUAAGUGUUUGUUACCAGCAACAUAAUUAAACGUUUAACAAUUAUGAACCUUAUGAAAUGUAAUAAUCGAAAUAAAAAAUAAUACAGAUAGUUAUGCUGUUUACACAAGCAAUUAAAGCAUCAACAUGAUGCAGGCAUACCAAGGCUCGCCUCACCCAAUAAAAAACUGGCCACAGAUAGGCCUAAUAAAAGUUAUAAAAUAAAUUUUAAUUUUGUUAGUAAAUCAAAUUCGACAGUAAUUGGCUUUAAAAAAAUAAUGCAGAAUAUUCGCCAUUCGCUGUCUGCCAAAAAAACCCAAAAAAAAACAUGGCAUAUUUUUUUAAAGCUUCAGUAAUGUGUUCGAAAGUCACAUCCAAUCAGAUAUCUAUCGGUUCAAUGGUCACUCCUCUAUCCAUGAUCACUCUCGAAAAAAU